UUACAUAUGCUGCUACGGCUUUCCCUUCCUCUGCAGCACCACACCUCCAAUUCUGAACUUUAGGUCUCUCCUUCCUUCUCUCCUUCGUCGCAGACAGAAAACGCAGCAACAAUGGCGUACGGAGCUAUGAAACCGACAAAGCAAGGGUUGGAGGAACCCGCAGAGCAGAUUCACAAGAUCAGGAUCACGCUUUCCUCCAAGAACGUGAAGAACCUCGAGAAAGUGUGCACCGAUUUGGUUCGUGGUGCCAAGGACAAGCGGCUGAGAGUCAAGGGACCAGUAAGAAUGCCAACCAAGGUUCUUCACAUCACUACUCGAAAGACCCCCUGUGGUGAAGGAACGAACACAUGGGAUAGAUUUGAACUCCGUGUACACAAGCGGGUGAUUGACCUUUUCAGCUCCCCAGAUGUGGUUAAGCAGAUCACCUCCAUAACCAUUGAACCUGGUGUUGAAGUUGAGGUUACCAUUGCAGAUUCUUGAUUGCGUAAUACUUUUCCUCUCUCUAGUCAGAAAGCCUUCUUGUAGUUCUUUUGUCUUGCAAUUUACAGUUGAAACCUAAGGGUCUAUGUAGUGGGUAGAGGUUGUUGGAUCUAUGUAGUAGGUGUUUUGCAAUGACAAUUCUGCUGUCAGUUGAUUUUUGAGGGAUUUUUUCUUGUUAAAUCUUUAAUUUUUAGGUAUGCUUGGAUUCUUCUGAUGUGAUAUUACAUCGUUUUGUUUUCUGUGCUA